CCCAUCGCUGCGACACCAGAAAAAGCCAUUAGAGAGCCAUGCAAUGAUGCCGGCCCGACGUACCCUCGCGCUGCUCCUCCAAAUCCUCCCGCUCCUCGCCACCGCUUCCCCCGACCCCGCUCCCCGGUCCAACGGCACCGACUUCAUCCGCGCCAGCUGCGGCGAGACCCUCUACCCAGACGUCUGCUACAGCUCCCUCUCCACCUACGCCGGCUCCGUGCAGCAGAGCCCUGGCCAGCUCGCCCGCGCCGCCGUAGCCGUCAGCCUCGCCAGAACCCAGAAGAUGGCGGCCUACCUCGCCGACCUCUCGCGCCGCAGCGCCGCCGGCCCCGGGGCAGAGCCUAGGCCUGCUUCCGGUGCGCUCCGUGACUGCCUCACCAACAUGGGCGAUGCGGUCAGCGAGAUAAGAGGCUCGCUGAAGCAGCUGCGGCAACUUGGGAACAUCAGUGGCGGCGGCGCGAGCCGGGAGGGGUUCAGGUUCCAGAUGAGCGACGUGCAGACGUGGAUGAGCGCCGCCCUGACGAACGAGGAGACGUGUACGGACGGGUUUGAGGACGUGCGAGAAGGGGCGGUGAAGUCGGACGUCUGCGGUCGGGCCGGGGAGGUGAAGAAGGUGACGAGCAACGCAUUGGCGUUGGUGAACAGCUAUGUGAAUAAGGAGGCACCAUGAGCGAGAUGUUGUAGAUAAUGGAGAUAAUGAAGUAGUUCAUUUCUUUUCCC